UCAGGUUGUUUUGUUUACAUCCCAGUUACUCUCGUCAGCUGGAUGGCCGAGGCUGUGAGGAAAAAACGAACGCGCAUCAAGAAAAAGGUGCAAGAAAAAUGUCCUGUAGAAGAUGCCAAAGAAGAAGACUGCAAAGAAGACCCUUUAAUGCAAGAGCUUCUUGACACCUAUGGAGACACCCCACUGCCUGUCUUGAAAGAUGAAGAAGAUCAGAAUGUGGAAGAUGAAAGGCAGGAGACAGAAGUGAAGGAGGAAAGUGACCUAUUAGUGGAUGAAAAAAGUGUGGUAAAACAUGUUGAGAAGGUAGUAGAGGUGUCAGAUACUGUUGAGACCAUUUUCCAUGAUGAUGAUUCUCUUCUUGCUGAUAGAGGCAACCUUGCAGAGGCAGUUAAGACAGAUGUUGUGGAUGAUUCUUCUGCAUACCGAGUACAUUGGGAGGUAGCCCCAGAAGAACCGUCAGCUCCAAACUUUGAAAAUCUGCGGCAACAACUUGUCCAGAUUGAGCCAUACAUGGAAGCCCAACGUCAGAUGAAGGAGUUGAUGAUAGAGGAUGCCACUGCAAAAGAAUAUAGUGAGAGUGCCAUAUGUCCAAGUGCCCCUAUCAUUGAUGGAGGUGAUAUUCAGUAUGCAGAUGUGGGAGCAAGUGCUCCAUGUCUGGCUGAAGAUGAUGCAAUAGCAGAGUCUGAAGGCAUGAGUCAGUAUCCUUCAGCCACAGCUCCUUUACUCUCUGAUCCAGUCUUAAGUGGUGCUACGUAUUCAGUUGAUAGUCAAGUACGUAUAGAAGAGGAAAGUUCACACAUUAAAACCAAAAUCACUUUGUCAGAGGACUCAGUCAUUAAACCAAUGACAGAUGUUCAAAUAAAUGCUCUUUAUCAAAAUAAUGAACUUGAAGAAAAUGAAAAAUACAUUAUAAAAUUUCUGGAAGAAGAGAGAAAUGUCCCACAGCUUGAGUUUUAUGAGCUUGUCUUGAACUAUCUGCGUUCUAGAACUAGUUUGAUAAGUAGCCAAAAAGAGUUGUCAACCAUACUAGAAGAAUACAGAAAGCAAAUGAAAAAUAUUUGGGUGUUCGAGAAGAGGACAGGAACUGAAGAAGGGGAGUGCGAAGAUGGUAGACUCCUGACAGUCAAGCAUGAGUAUGAGGUUGCUUGCUUUAAGGAGGAGAUUGUAACUCAUGUUGCAAAGCAGCUGAAACAGUCAAGAGAACUCCUCUCAGAAUCCUAUGCUCUCCAUGCAUAUACCUCUGAAAUGGCCAAGCUGCAAGUGGAGAACCACAUGCAGAAGAUCUUAAGUGACUGUCCUGAGUUCAUGCAGGUCCCCAAAAAUGCAAAAAUUAAAGCAAGUGGCACCAACGAAUAUAACCCACAUAUGCAACCCCAUAUCAAAAAACUGAAGAUGUGUAUUAGUGUCCUGUUUGCAUUCCAGCGCAGGGGAGUAAAGGACCAGCAAUUUAUCCGCGACACAAGACAAUGGUUAACAGAUUUUGUCGCCAUUCUGCAGAGGUUUGCAACCCGUAGUGACCACCUCUUCCUUCUUAAUCACAUCUUGCGAUGUCCAGCAGGAGUAGGGUCCUGGGCCUCAGCAUACAUUCAGAUCGGAGGCCCUUGGGAGACAGACAUCAUUGGUAGAGUCCUCGGAUGUUGGCCCCUGGAUCACUCCCUCACUGUCCUUUCAACGAUUCUUAGUCCUGUAAGCAGCAGAGAGGAUUUCCUCCACCACCUCAAGCAAAGUGCCUUACCCUCUGGGGAUCCAUGUGAUGAAAAUACUGGAGAUGAAAGGGCUUCUGAUACUGUGUGGGUAGUUGUUGAUAGCUCUGGGGAAGAGGAGGAAGAUCCCACACAACUGUGGGCCAUGUUCACCGAGAAUGAUGUUGUUCAGUUGUUGAACCAAGUACCAUUUAAGGAUAUCUUCCAACAUAUGUUAAUGAUUGAGGAUGUGGAUGGUUCUCUCCAAUACGACGUGUCUCGCACUAGUCAUCAUGGCCUCAUGAAGCUCUUUGCCUGUGCUACAGUUCUUAUAAACUUGUUUUGCAAGGGCCUUUCUACAUACUCAAUGAUGAGGUACCGAGGGGCCACAAAACGCAUCUGUAGACCUACUACGGCACACAGUAGAUUGUUGAACCAAGUACCAUUUAAGGAUAUCUUCCAACAUAUGUUAAUGAUUGAGGAUGUGGAUGGUUCUCUCCAAUACGACGUGUCUCGCACUAGUCAUCAUGGCCUCAUGAAGCUCUUUGCCUGUGCUACAGUUCUUAUAAACUUGUUUUGCAAGGGCCUUUCUACAUACUCAAUGAUGAGGUACCGAGGGGCCACAAAACGCAUCUGUAGACUACUACGGCACACAGUAGAGUAUGUAACUGACCACUGGCAAAAUUUCCUUCUGUUGUAUCAGUCAUCACCUCAACAAAUAUCUGACAUGAAUCAGGCUUCUACGCACUGGACAUCAUUACAGGUAGAAUAUGAUCAGUUAUUCGAAAAGGCUGUUCACAGCAUCAUUAGUAGUCCAAGAUCUGGUGCAUGGCAGUUCCUUGCUGUCAUUCCAUACAGAAGUGUGUCUCUUUCAAGAUUAUGGAAGAUUGUCUACCAAAUUCAUGUUGGCUGGAGUGAAGAAUCUGUUCAGAACAGCGAGAAACUCAGUGCUGAAAAGGCUUCAUACAGUGACUGGGCAGAUCUUGUAUCUCACUCCGAUACACGUGGUCAGUUUCACGACCGUCUCAUGAAGAUUGAAGAAAAUGAAGCCUUGUACCUCCUCACAGCAUUGGCUAACAUGGCAGUCGAGCGUGAAUCAACAGAGAGUCAUUUUGUUGAAGUUAUUGUGAACAACAUUUUCGAAGCAACAUUUGUCAAUGAAGGAACAAGAGAAGCCCUGAGUAGGAUUGGUAGAGACCUGCUGUCAUCUGUGGCUUCAAAUCAUCCUAUUUCUGUCUCAUACCUGCUAACUACCACUCAGGAGAAAAUAUCUAGUGUGGGAAACAUGGCUCUCUACCUCUUCCGUGCUCUUCCACUGGAACUGUGGGAACCUUCCCCAGAUGACAUUACUUGUGUGUCACAUUGGCUGCUCUUCACACCUGUUGCCAGUGUAGAAAACCAGCUGGCUAGAAUUGUCCUGAGUAAGCUCAACUGGGGCGAAAAUACUUUCGGAAUGCAGCUUUUUCUGCCUCUUGAGUUACAUCGUAGGGUUGCACUGACAGUAUUAGAAGCUCACCUGAAGGUGUCUCGUGAAAUGCGACAAGGUAGUCUUUUAACUGAAGGUGUUAAGCAAGUUACAUCUGUCAUGUAUGCACCUUCAGCAGAGCAGGUGUUUUGUGAUUGGUCAUGGGAAAUUCUGACCUGCCUUAGACUGCACCAGCUUGACCAGCCUGAGCCAUGGGUUCAUGCUGUUAUAGCCUCUCCUGCACUAAUGCUGAAAGAUAUUCCAGACCCUACUAAUUCUGCAAUUGCUCAAGGUUCAUCUUUAAAUGCAGUUAAAAGAGGUCUGAUGGAUAAGCAACCACUUGCCUUGUUCUCUGCUCUGCUUUUGACGUCUUGGGGACACUCUAUUCCUGAGUUUUGUGAACACGGGAUUGAUUGCAUCCAUGAGCUGGUAAUGCAAGGCAUGUACGAAGCAGCCAUUGCAUCCAUGGCCCACAUCAUGCCCCUGUUCUUCAACCAGCCAGAGGACAUCACAACACAUUCCAAGAUGAUGAUUGCCAUUCAGAAAUGUUUAACAGCAGAUCAAACAUAUAUGACGCUAGCCAAAAGUCUCGUCACAUCUGCUUUUCCGGGGAAGAUUCUGAGUCUGUUUGCUGCCAUGAUUGUUCAUCACAUUAAGAACUACUCAAGGUAUUGUCUGUCUUCAGGCAUGUUAGCUGUCAGAUUCUGGCAACAGAUGCUGGUGGGAGUACCAGAUUGGGUGCAUGACAGCAAUGUGCUCUUUCUUUUGGAUACCAUCUGUCAACAUGCCUUUAUCCAACCUCAGUGUUGGCAGGAAGCAAUCUCUGGUUUCUCUGAGAUAAUGAAGAACUCAGAUUAUCAACAUAAUGGAGGUAGUGGCCUUAGUGGUCUGCUGUCUUGGUUGACAUCAGGAACAGCAGCCCCAAAUUCAUUAUUAGUGCGAUCUUCAGCACCACAAUUCCCUUGGUUCACUAUUGCUGUACUUUCUUUGGAGACUCAGGGAGAAUUGGCUUCAGGUCUUUGGAAGAACCUGUUGCUUGAACUUUAUGCUGAUCCUCAGACUACCCUAGAAGUAGCCCUCAAGAAAGUCAGCAAGGAAUUAGGACUGGGUCAAGUGUCAUCCAGUCUGCUUAGCAUUUACCGCUGGGGUCAGCAAGUGGUGGACCUCCCUGCAGACCAUCCAGCUCUCCCUAUCACUAUGCAGAUGUACUUCAUGCUUCAUCUUGCUCGAGUGCCACCACAGCCAAGACAGUACGAGUGCAGCAGCGUGAUCAACUGUUUCUACCAAGGCUUUGUUAAUCAGUCCUUCCUCAACAAGAUCAAAAAGAAAGUUACUGCUGCUCUGGAGCACCAUGAGGCUGUGAUGGCCAAGGAGAGUGAUGAGGAUGAGAAAGAUGCAUCACACAAUGUACAGAUUGCAGAAAGAGUGAAACUUCUGCGUGCAAUGCAGUCAUGGCUAGAGGAGAGUCGACUGUAUGAUUCUGGUGUUUAUCUUCCUGCUCUUCCACCCAACCUUCUUCCUAAGAAAUUAAUGCAGGUGUUCCAGGCUAACUGGGAGCCCUGGCCAGAAGCUGUUGAUGUGGAUGCAACAGAAGAGGCAGGAAGACGACUCCUCAGAUAUCCUCCACAACCACCACCUCCCAUUCCGCCCAUGAGUCCUCUCCAUCUUCCACACAUCCAUGACAGCACUCUCACUGACCAGGAUGCUCUUCUCUACCUGGUGCAGAGGUAUACAGGAUUGGUAGUUGAACACUCUCAGACUGUGAAUCUUUGGUGCAGUGAGUUGUGUGCUCUUGACUGUGUUUAUAGAGAAUUGGUCCCACAGCUGUGGUCUAAUGCACACACCAAAACAAUUCUCACUGCUGCCUGCACACCACCAAAAGUUGGCAGAAAGCAACCAGAAUGUAGUGGGCAUGCAAGUAUUGUUAUGGAGUUUUCGGAAGCCCGUUUAAACGAGGGCAUCAAAGUACGCAUUGGCCAGAACCGUGAACAACAUGAUGUAGUACUUCAGAGGUGCCAGAAACCUCCACCAUUACAGUUGUGUCAAGCUGCAGUAAGCCUAGAAGCUAUCAUUACUGUCCUGGUUAAUGAGUUCCGCAGGACAGACAAGAAUACUAAUAAGCAGAAGUGGCAGUUUCUACUAGCCAAUGGGAGACAGCUUUUCUAUCACAUAGUUCAGUUAACAUCAGAUGACACCAGCUUCUACCCACCUGCCAAACAGCUCAUCUCCUCAUGUGCAGGCAUUCUAGGCCAGGAAUUUGUCCGAGGACAUCCAGACUGCCAGGAGAGCCUUGUUGCUCAAGUGUUAGAAUGGGGAGGAAAGCUAGGGGGUCUCCUUGCUCCACACUUCACCCCAUCUGUUACUCCAAAACAUGUCUUUUUGAUGUUGUACUCGACUCUCAGCCCAUAUGCUCCCUCCGCUCCGGACCACACUUUUAUGCUCUUGUCAAAGUUCGACAUCGAAAGAUGGCUAGCAGAGUCAAGUCCAAAUUCGAGUGACAGGUCAGAACUGAUCAACACCAUUGCUGCAGCUUUUAUGUCUCUCUUACCAGGACCAAAUCCAACUCUUCUAAUGGUACUUGAGCUUUAUCGAGUCCACCUUAGAAGCCUACUAUCAUUCAAGUUUCCUGAGCACUACACAGAGGUACUGAAUGUUAUGUUGCAGAUUUCUGCCUCUACUCAAGAAGACUGUGGAGGUGUAAGUUCUGGCCUCUGGUAUGAUUUGAUGAAUAAGAUAUCAGUAGGCAUCACUACCUUUAGUCCUGAAAUGGAACGAAAUGCUUUAAAUCAAGCCAUCAAAGAGUAUGCACAACAUCAGACAAUCCUGUCACAGUGUAUGGUGGAGGAUACCUUAAAAAUGCUUUCAAGCUACUUUGUGAAGCAGCGUCUUGAAUUUGGCUUAUAUGGCCUCUAUCCCAAGUACCGACUUCAUACCCAACCCAUAGCCACAUUUUUGGGGCUGAUUUCACAUGCGUACAUCAUCUCUGCCUUUCACACAAAAUAUGGAACUCCACAAGAGGAAAUGGUACGGGAAGUCUGGUCAGGGGUGGAUAGCCUCUUUGCUGGAUGGGUGACACCACUUGGAGGCCGCGAUCGUCAGUCCUUCUCUCCGUGGUUGCGUCAUCUCACUCACGACAUACGCUUACUACUCCCAUGGGCCCCUAGUGAUACAACCUCAGCUGAUGCCAUGGUAGCAAUGUUUGCAGCUUCUGUUGGCUUCAUGCACGAACUUCUGCCAGCCAUUCUGACAAGUGUGUGGCUUAUAGGCUGGGUGCACAAGGACACUCAUGUGAUGUGCUACACUGCAAGCCACAGCAGUGCAGAAGACUGUGGAGGUGUAAGUUCUGGCCUCUGGUAUGAUUUGAUGAAUAAGAUAUCAGUAGGCAUCACUACCUUUAGUCCUGAAAUGGAACGAAAUGCUUUAAAUCAAGCCAUCAAAGAGUAUGCACAACAUCAGACAAUCCUGUCACAGUGUAUGGUGGAGGAUACCUUAAAAAUGCUUUCAAGCUACUUUGUGAAGCAGCGUCUUGAAUUUGGCUUAUAUGGCCUCUAUCCCAAGUACCGACUUCAUACCCAACCCAUAGCCACAUUUUUGGGGCUGAUUUCACAUGCGUACAUCAUCUCUGCCUUUCACACAAAAUAUGGAACUCCACAAGAGGAAAUGGUACGGGAAGUCUGGUCAGGGGUGGAUAGCCUCUUUGCUGGAUGGGUGACACCACUUGGAGGCCGCGAUCGUCAGUCCUUCUCUCCGUGGUUGCGUCAUCUCACUCACGACAUACGCUUACUACUCCCAUGGGCCCCUAGUGAUACAACCUCAGCUGAUGCCAUGGUAGCAAUGUUUGCAGCUUCUGUUGGCUUCAUGCACGAACUUCUGCCAGGAAGCAGUGUGUUGUCCUUGACCCUUGAGUACUAUUGUACCAUGUUUGCUGCUCAGGAGGUCAAGAGCCAUGUUCUGGCGGUCAUCCAUGCUCACUUCUCUGCCCUUCCGUGGCACCAUCUUCACCCAUCCCUCCAAGACACGCUUAUUUUCACUAAGGUUGUUGAGCAGUACCUGCCAGAGUGCCAUAACUUUAUUGGUGGUGUUCUUGUACAAAUUAAUUGGAAUAAGGUAGUCCAGUCAGCCAUGUCUCCAACAUCAAGUUCCAGCUCUGCUGCAGAAGUCCAAGGGCAAGGCCAGGAGGCACCAAGUGCUGUCAAACUCCACACUUGCUUACUUAACCUGCUGGUCAGGAUAUCCAUGGAGCCUAGUGUGAGACAGUCAUCACUCCUGCAAACAUUAUUGCUAGAAGCGGAAUCUUUCUCUUGGUGGCUUGUGGACAGUGAGAGUUUCCAGCGUGUCGUCAACUGGUGGGUCAUGAGUUGCGACCCAAGAAUUGUUCUUGCUCUUCCUGACCGUAACCCAGUGGAUAUUGCUAUCAUUCAGUUGUUACACCGAGCUGCAGGCUAUACCCCAGACACCACCUCCUUCCACCAGGACACCCCAGCUAAACGUGGCCUACUGGUGCGUGCACUUGUAAGGUUGGUGACCACAGCUGCAGCAAGGCACAAGGCACUACUGUCUGCCAAACCACAAGUGUUUAAUUCUACAAUACUGGGUCUUCUAACACAUAUGGAAAAUACACUUACUGCAACUGUGCCAAAGGAACAUCAGUGGGGAGAGGGCAGCAUCUUAGGCACUGAGUUGCUGGCAGUGGUAAGUGGUGGGGCAUCAUCCACAGCACUGCAAGAAUUGAGCAGUGAAGCAGUCACAUCUUGGUUAGCGACACAACCACAUCCAUCACCUGGGCUGCUGCUUCCACUGGUUGCAUCUGCAUCACGCACCAUUCUUCAUCUUAACCAUCGGAACCCCAUCUUGCAUGCUGGGCUGUCAGCUCUCUUCAGCAAAGGCGAUUGGUGUGGUUGGGAAGGGGAAGUGACCUGGGAACACAUGAUUGGCAUUUUAUCUUUCCCUCUUACAAAUCCUACUGCCAUGUUAACCCUUGCUGCUCAGGAGGGCCACUUGUUAGUUGUGUAUGCAUAUGCACGCUGGCGUAGACAACAAGUAGCAGUUACAACAGACAGUUUUCUACAGCUAACAACUCUCUUUGACUUACUAGAAAUUGUUACUCCUAAUGAAACAACUGAAUUGGAGCUCAUCCUGUUGUUGAGUGAAAUCCUCAAUCUCAUUGUACAUUUAGUAAAGGAAAAGGAUAAUACCAGUGCCCUCUGGCAACAUUGCCGUAACUUUAUCUCCCAUCUGGCACUUUGGGCAGAGGACCGAAGCACCAUAGGCAUCCUAGCAGCUAUAGGCCUGGGAAGACAAUCCCCUCUUUCCCUUGCCAUUCGUCUGAUUUGCCGCGCACUCAGCACAUUCUUGAACCUACAGAUGCCAAAAGAAGGAGUUUUCCGCACCCAUCCUCUUCACACCCACAGUGACAUAGAUGAAACGCAAGACAGCAUCAAGAAUGAUCGGUGCACUUUAGAACAACUAAGGGGCCUUACUGCAAAUGCAACUUAUGCUGGAGUGAGCCAUUCUCUGACAAAAACCAUACAGUUUGUAGAGGACCCAACACACUGUAUAUCAGAUGUGACCACCCUUCUGGCAGAGCUUGUGACAGACCUGAUUCCACAUCCUUUGCUCCACCACCUCACCACAACGGCUAAAAACAGAGCCUCAGGUGGACCACCACAGGCAGCACACUCCUCACAACACUUUCUACCAGAGGCACAGAUGUGCCCCUCCGUCUCCUCCACUAGUGCAUCAGCUCCACCUCCUGAUGAUGAGUAGUGUAGAAUUGAAUGAUAUUAAGUUGCACCACUGUUUUGCAUGUUUUGAAUGUCAGGUAGCAAAAGGAUUAGCGUGAACUGCAAGUAAUGUGUGGUGUAAUUUGGUUUAGUGCAAUUUUGUCUUUUCUUUCUUUUAUGUAUAUAUAAGAAAAAGUAUUGUUCUGUGCCAGAGUUUCAAUUAAAUUAGCCUGUGAUAGCCAUAAAGGUGUCAAAUGAAAGCUGGUUUAUGUAUGACAUUUGCAAUAUGUAAAAAGUAAGAUGAGUUUAUAUAUGAUUUUUCUACAGUGUGUAUUCUUGUAGUUGUGUGUUCUUUUUAAAGUUUAAUAUUUAUAGAAAGACCCUGAAACAGUAAAGAUACAGGUCCUUUCUGUAAACAUUAGAUAUAUUUUUAUUUUACAAAUAAAUUGUUAUUAAUUAAUCAAAUUUGGAACUGCUUUGAAAUGAAGUGUAGAUAGCUACUUAUAUUUAGUUGAUUUUGGUUUGGUAUAAUUUUAAAGAGGAACAUCGUAUACAAAACUCAUAAUUUAAACAUUUUUAAUGUAAUAAAUAGGUUAAUGAGACAAGUCAUUUCAAGUAAUGUACUCUAGUCCAUAUUUUAUUUUCAUGAUCCAAGAUGAAAUAUACAGUACAUGUAUAGAAACUAAUGAGCUGAAAAUCUCCUUGAGCCCCAUCUAGGACAGCCAAUUGGUUCCCUUCUCACAGAUUCAGCCUGAAAGCCACGAAGCUGAUCUGAAACCCGAUCUCACACACAUCUAUUUGGAAACUGGUCCGGAAUGUCCAUAAAUUAGCUGCUUAGUAUUUUGAGCAAUACUAAACACUUAUUUUAUAGGGACAUGACGUGGAAGCAAAUGCCACUGCAGAGUAGAUAAAAGUUCAAAUUUACAAAAUGGUAUAUUACUGUUACACAGACUAUGAGCAAUUCAUUAAAAUGUAACUCACAUUGGUAUGGCAACUGCAUAAUCACACCAGGUUCCUGACUGUCAAAGCACAUCAAUUGAUCUGUCAAUUACAUUUCUUUGCAACAUUUGUGCUUCCUUGUCCUAUCAAUUAGAUUUAUUAUAUUAACUAAAUAUACAUAUUUUCAAUAUUCAUACAACCAUAUAUAACUUUAAAAUCUUCAAGGAUAACAGAACACAUAGUCUUGAGUUACAGUAUAUACAUGCAGAACAAGGGCAGUGGACAUUACAUAUAUACAAGUUGGAGGGGGGCAGUUCUCUUGGUUACGUCUCCAAGCGAUGAGCUGGAAUGAAAAAAUAGUAUUAGGUGAUUAUGUUUCAGCUAUACUGAAUAAAAUGCAUAUUACCUGGUCCAGCAGAUCACUUGCACAAGCUCAGGUUAUUAAUUUCAAUGGUUAGUCCUUCAAGUGAUCAACUUAAAGAACAUCAAACUCAAGAUGUACUCCUCAUAUAACAUCAUCCCACCCUCAUCUUCAUCUGUAAUGCAACAGUUCAAGGUUACUGCCAGCACUAUGAUCAUAUUUAAUUUUACAUAACACAAAUUAUCUGCAUUAUUCAAUCAGGUUAUUCUUUAUUCAGUCUACUUAUUUAUUUCUCUUUCUUCUGAGGCAGCAGCAAAACAGGAUCACUACACACAGGACUUUUUUUUAAUAAUUUAGCUUAGGCUCUGGCCUAUAUAUGCUCUUUCAACUACCAAUGAAUAAUUUCGCUGUAACAAUAAAACUGUCUUCCCCACAACAUUCCCAAGACCAUUAUCCUGUAUUUUUUCCAGAAUUAUGAAAACUGCAAAAAUGAAAAUAGCAAAGAUGAGAUUUAGUAAAUUAAGCCUAUCAUGUCUGUUCAUGCACUAAUAAACUACUAUUUUUCAACUACAAAAAAGAAGUGAUCAAAACAAAACAAUAAAACAUUUUAAAUACA